AUGUCCCAGUACUACGGGGCACCGCCCAACAAUCCCGCAUACGGACCCUCCUCCGCCCAGAACCUUCAAUUCUACCCGUCAUCAUACGACUCGGGCGUCUCAGGCCGAGCCACUCCCUCACAAGCAUCCUAUGGCUACGGUGGUCAGCCGUCUGGUGCCUACGGCGCACCGAGCGGCUUCAACUCGGGCUUCGGUGCAGCAGCGGGUGUCUCUGGACGCAUGGGCGAGCAAGGAGGGCUCCGAACAGGAUGGCUCGCAGCAUUCUCGACAGAAGGAUAUGAUGGAGAACCGCCGUUGUUAGAAGAGCUAGGCGUAAACUUCUCACAUAUUCAAGCGAAGACACUCGCCGUCCUUAACCCCUUCCAGCGCAUCGACCAGCACCUCAUGGACGACAGCGAUAUGGCCGGCCCGCUACUCUUCUUCCUCCUGUUCGGCACAUUCCUGCUGUUCUCAGGCAAGGUGCACUUCGGCUACAUCUACGGCCUAGCACUCCUUGGCUCCACGAGCCUUCACAUAAUCCUCUCUCUCAUGUCGCCCGCCGACUCUCCCCAGGGCGCCCCCGGCGGCCCCCCGCCGUACUCCUCGUCCCCCGCCUAUCCCGAGCACCCAGCGACUGUUCCGCCUCCGGGCCAGGGUGGCAAGUCGCACCUGUCGUCGACGUUGACGUUCGCGCGGUCCGCGAGCGUGCUAGGCUACUGCCUGCUGCCCAUGGUGGCGACGAGCUUGGUGGGCAUCGUGAUGCCGAUGGACACGCCGCUCGGCAUCAUCAUGACCACCGCUGCCAUCAUGUGGAGCACAUACUCGGCCAGCGGCAUGUUCUGCGCGGUAGGACGCAUGCGGGGGAUGCGCGGCCUGGUCGCGUACCCAUUAGCUCUUUUCUACGUCGGCUUUGGCAUCAUGGGCGUCUUCAGCAGCAGGGGGAGCGGAACAAUGAAGAUUGUGUCUGGUGGCUCGCUAUGA